UCAAUGUGUAUUUAAUGAGAGUUGAUAGAGGGAGGUUUCCUCUCUAUUGCAGAGUGCAUAAAACCAUUUGCACACAUAUAUUUAUACACACGCCUGUAUGCAGUGCUGUGGUUUGGCUUUAUAAGUUGUGUGAAAAUAGUUAGUCUAUAAAACCAUACAGUGGUACGAGCAUCUCAGCUAAUGAUGUGUUUGUGCAUUGAAUGACCUUUAAUGAGUGUGUGCAAAAGAAAGCUGAUCAGUGCUAUGAGACAGUGAUCUGUGCUAAAGAUUAGUUUCUCACUUGCCCACAGGUUUAUGCACGGAAACAUGCACAAUUUUAGCUCAUACUAACGUGCCGUGUUGUGAAUAACUGUUCUUCAGUCCUUCAGGUGUUCUGCUUUUGACAUUUUGUCGACAAAAAAUGGCUUCUGUUGAAAAUGAUCUUGGUGUUGUAGCAUUUUCAAUUCUGGUUGGUCAGAAGGUGGUGAUUAAUUUUCUUACAGUGAAGUCAAUUUAUUUGUAUAGUGAUUUUAACAAUAGACAUUGUCGUGAAGUAGCUUAUCAAAAAAUAACAAAGAUUUUAAACGUAUGAAUUUAUCAAUAUGUCCCUAAUGAGCAAGCCUGUGGCGACGGUGGCAAGGGAAAAACUCCCUCAGAUGACAUGAGGAAGACACUUUGAGAGGAACUAGACUCAAAAGGGAACCCAUCCUCAUCUGGGUGAUAACAGACAGCAUGAUUAUAAAUAACUCGCAUUUAUAAGCAUGUCCUAUAUAGUCAAAAACUAUAAUUGUGUAACCAGGAAAUUCAUUAUAGUUUCAACUUGAUGUCCAUUUUAUUGACGUUAUCAGCUGUUCAUUGAUGGAGAUUUGAGUGCAAGACUUUUCAUGACAAAUGCAGUCCUAAAGUUAUCAUGGCAGUUGCAGUCCUCAGCCACUGUAGCAAAACUGUAAGUGUCCACAGCCAUCUUUUAAGUGUGUCUUUUGACUGGGGGCCAUCCUCCACAGGAGCAAUGUGAUGAGACUCCAGUCAGAUGUAGGGCAUCAGGAUGGAUCAGGCAGGUCUGAAGAGCAGCAGAGGUGAGCAUCACUGGUGCUUUAGGAUCGACGUGUGUGUGUGAGAGAGAGAGAGAGAGAGAGAGAGAGAGAGAGAGAGAAAACACAGGUUGUUCAGUGUCACCAAAUCAUCAAAAACAGUAUACAUUUUGUGCUGAGUGCAAGUGGGGACUCCAGCAAGGCAUAGUUUUAGUUAUGACAGCAUAACUAAAAGGGAGAGCCAGAAGGUAACAGACAUGAGGGAGUCCUAGGACAUAAAGCAGUCAGCCACUCCACCGUCAACAAACCUGAGUGAACGUGUGAGAGUGGGGGGAGCGACAGUAUCCCAGUUUACCAAAACACUCUGUGCCUCAGGACCCUCCAGAUCGACCCCUUUACCUAAUAAAAACUAUUAACCAAAGGCUUGACUAAACAGAUAUGUUUUAACAGCAGCUCUGACAGUAGUUCCAGCUGCAAGGUGAAUCGCAGGUUUAUAUUAAUGCAGUCGUUCUAGUACGGCUUUUUCUAUAGCAACAGUAAUACAAUAACAAUAAUGAUGAUAACUUGCACAGGGUCUUUAAUCCAUUUAAAGCCCCAUUAUGUGAGAAUUGAUAUUUUGUGCUCCUGGGCUCCCCCCCUACAGUUGUUGAGUGUAAUUCACUUUUAUACCACUGUUGUAAAUACAAGUCAUGCUUUAAACUCCUAUGGACAGCUGUACACGUGAAUGUGUUGACAAGCUGAAGGAUAUGGAAGAAGUGUAACAUUGAAGUACUUUGACCAUCGUGUUCUAUAGGCGCUGAGGCCACUGGGAAGCUUGAACUCACUCACACAGAUGAGUUCGUUUCACAAGCAGUGUAAGCUUAUAGACCGUGGUAAAGCUGUUUUUUUUUCUUAGACAUUUGCUGCACAUUUGAAAUUCUUUCUUCUACUUCACAAUAAAUCAACACAAAAAGGACAAAAUGUGUAUUUAUUUACUCUGGAGUGAACAGGAAAAAACAUCAAAGAACCAUGUCGAAUGACAUGUUUUGGUUUUAGUUUUUUCUUAAAUACCGUGUUUGCAUUUUCAGGCCAUUUACGUUGUUUGCUGAAAGCAUUGGAGUGUGUGUGUGUGUGUGUGUGUGUGUGUGUGUGUGUGUGUGUGUGUGUGUGAUCAACAUGACAACUUCUUUUUGUGGUUAUUACCUAGCUGAAUACUCCAUAUUUGUUGGUAUAUUACAUGGUGCUAGGGGGCAUGGCUGUACUGCAUUGCCAGAAGGCCAUACAUCGCUAUACGUCGUUGCCAUCACCCACUCUACCUUGGGUUUACUGCUGUCUUCCAUCGUUACCAUCAUGGCUACCAUGGUUUCGUUUGCAUAUUUAAUCCACCCAAAUUUCUGUGACAGAUUACCUCCAAAAUCUCCCAGAAUGGCCACAGUAGCCCCAGGCAGGGUUCUCAUGGAUCAACCGGCUAUGUGUGACCUUAGCAUUACUUUAUAACUUUUUUUGUAUUAACGGUAAUACAGUUCUUGCAAGAUGUCUCCAGGAUGCUCACCAGAGUUGCAUAGUGCUGUAAAUGGUGAACUGGGCAUGGACUCAGGAUGGAAGACUACCCAUUCUCUCAAUUACAAGUCAAUGUGCCAUCAAAAUGAUUUUGAAGCUGAUGUUUUAAGGCAAAAAAAAAAUCCCAUCUAAUGUUGCUUUAAUGUGUUGGAUAUUCCAGAUUAAAAAUUGUGUGUAAUUGUUAAUGUGGUGAGUUUUAUGUCAGCAUAUUGAAAUAUUUAUUAUUAGAAAAACUAGCUAAAGAAAUCAGGCUUUACAUCAAUGCAGAGAAAACGGAGUUCAUGUACCUAAAUCAAGACGCAUCUACUGGUAUGAAAAGCCUGAGUGGUGAGAUCAUCAAGCAGGUGGACGAUUUCAAGUACUUGGGUAGCUACAUUGCUUCAACGGAACAGGAUGUUAAUAUCAGACCUGGGAAAGCUUGGGGAGCACUAAAUGGCAUGGAGAAAAUCUGGAAAUCAGACCUCCCAGACGAGCUCAAGAGAAACUUCUUUAGAGCGACCGUAGAAUCUGUUCUUACGUAUGGUUCUAUCACAUGGACCCUAACAUCGAAAUUGGAGAAGAUGAUUGACGGGGCAUAUACCCACAUGCUUCGCGCCGCUCUCAACAGAUCCUGGAGCGACCACCCAACCAACAAAGAACUUUACGGAAACAUCCCUCCCAUCAGCGACUCUAUCCGACAACAGAGGCUGCUCUUCGCUGGUCACUGCUGGCGCAGCAAAGAAGAACUGGCCAGGGACACCAUUCUAUGGUCUCCAUCACAUGGAAGCAGAUCUAAAGGCCGCCCUAAAAGGACCUACAUCGACCAACUGUGUCAUGACACAGGAUGUAGGUCCGAGGAACUACCAGCUCUGAUGAGCGAUAGGGCCGUUUGGAGGGAAAGGGUCAUGCAUGGCCGAGCUAGCUCGACCCGGUAAGGCAAGUAAGGUACUGUAAUAUUUAUUUAUGGAAGGAGUCUGCAGUGUCAGUGCUUUUGUAAUGGUCUGAGCUAAAAGUUUAAGUUUUAUGACACAGGAAGUUGCAUGUUUUGUGGUUUCUUGGUAACAUGGCAAGCUGUUAUUUUUAUCUAAAAAACUUGGUUAAUGGGGCGGCACGGUGGUGCAGUGGUUAGCCUCACGACAAACAGGUUUUGGGAACCUGCAGGGCCUUUCUCUGUGGAGUUUGCAUGUUCACCUCAUGCCUGCCUGGGUUUCUUCCGACAGUCCAAAGACAUGCAGAUUAGGUUAACUCUUAAUUGCCCAUAGGUAUGAAUGUGAGUGUGAAUUGUCUGUCUUGCUCAGUUCUGCGAUAGGUCAGUGACACGUCUAGGGUGAACCCUGCCUCUUGCCCGAAGUCAGCUGGGAUUGACUCCAUUUCACAGUGACCUGCAAUAGAUAAGUGGCAUAGAAAUGAAUGAAUGAACUUAAACAUAACUGGGAACAGGAACUUCCUUGGUUUUGGACUUUCUAUAACAUUUAACAUUAACUACUAUGUGAACAAAUAAAAUUGUCAUUCUUUAAUAAUUUAAUUGGUAUUGGCAAAUUGCUGUUAUGUAAGCCAAAUAAAACACUUCUAAAUGUGCUGUUAUUGAAAAAUAUGCAUAGUGGUUCAAUUUCCUAGAACAGCACACCUGGCUGAGGUCUCACAUAGCCAGAAUCACUUAACGGGAGAUGCCAAUAGAUAAUUUUGAGCCUCCUGCGGUUCAACCAGCAUGCAUUCCUGGCCCUUCCAUCGGAAUAUGUGUGAGCUGGGGAGGUUUUGUUCUGUUGAAAAUUGUCGUGAGUCGAGUGCUGGAUGAAUUCAUCCGUUGCAACCGUGAUGGCAUCUGUGAGCAUCCUUUAGGCAUACGUGAGGCUUACAUGGGCUAUCGGGGGUUACCAUAGCAUUCUAUCGCAACCAUUGAGCUCAAAAUGUUCAUGGAAGAACAUUCUGCAGAAAGUGAAAAGUUUGCCUAGGGGCCAUAGCUGUACUGCAUUGCCAGAAGACCAUACAUCGCUAUGUUGUUGCAGUCACCCACUCUACCUUGGGUUUACCGGGGUCUUCCAUCGCUACCCUCAUGUGGCUUCGUUUGCAUAUUUACUCCACCCAAAUUUCUGCAGUGGAUCACCUCCAAAAUCUCCCGGAAUGGCCACAGUAGGCCCAGCCAGGGUUCUCACGGAUCAACCAGCUAUGUGUGACCUUAGCAUUACUUUACUUUAUAACUUUUUUGUAUUAACUGUUUUAUCAUAGAUUAGUUCACCAAGGCAGCUUAGGCAAGUAUGCAGACUGUGCUCUGUACACAUGUUGAUGUUCAUGAUGAUAAAACUCUUGAUUCAGCAAUAAUUGUCAGGGGUAUGAUCAAGGAAAUGACUACAGAGUACAGGAUGCAUCACACCUGAUUAUGGUUUUUGCAGACCCUGUGGAUUAGAUGUGUGAACCAGAUUUUUAAAUGAUAUUUCUCUUUUGAGGACCUAAUAAGAAGAUUGUGCGACCAUGAUGGUCACAGAGCCAUGGCUCCUCAGGCCUGGUGCUGAGACCCACUAGAUUUCUCAGGGCAGCAGGAGUUAUAAAUAACUUUGUGUGUUCUAGAUAGAGCGGUAUUGACUAAACACAACCAACCUCGCUUUCUCCAAGUAAACGUACUUGGCCAGGUGAACUGCACUGUAUUGUGGAGCUGUAGAGAUCUCAGGUUCAGUUUCUGUCCAGCGCGAGGUCGUGUUGCACCUGAUUAUGAUGAGUUAGGUAUUGGGAAACUCACACUCUGCAAUUAGAAUGUCUGUAUCAGAUAAUUGGAUCAAGUGUCUCCAUUGAGGACUUAAUUAGGAACUGUUCAGUGUGUGUUUUGUGGUUCUUGAGCUUGAUGUCCAGUUGCUCAGGCAGCUUUGCCCCGCACAGUCAGGAUGAGGUUGUAAUUUGAGGUUGGUGCCAAAGAGAUUUGUGUCAGUGAAGCCACUGUUUCCCUGUGGAGAGAGUGGUGGUAUGUUGCUGAUAGGCUCUGCUGCUUUGGGUGCUGUAUACUGAUUGGAGCUGAUGCUUUGGGGUUGAAUGCAACAUUCACUGAUAUUCAACCCUGUCCCAAGCACAACCAAUAACCUUAUAUGUGAUGUAACAAAAAUUCAAAUGUUCUCCCACAUUCUCCAAAGGAUUAGCAAUGUUGGUUUGUGUUUUCAGACAUGUCUUGAUGACACAGCACUGCUUUCACCUCAUGGUUUAAAAGCUUCAUUUGUAUGAUGCACCUUCCUUAUUGGUGAACAAAACACAGAUUAUCAGAAUGCAGCCUUAAAGAGCAGCACUGCAUUUGGCGAUGUGUGUGUGUGCAUGCGCGUGUAUGUGUGCCCUAUAUACUGACUGAUUCACUCAAACCCUCCCCCCAACAGAGCCCUUGUUAGGAGGGACCAGUCUUGGCGCAUAGUGUCCUUUUACGCUCAGGACAAUGGACAUGUUUUUCCGUCGCCAUUUUCGGAGGAGACACUGUGAGGCAGGCAGGCGUCGGCGGACCAGCAUAGCAGUGCCAGCGAGUAAACUGCGGCGGCGUUCAAGUGCUGGUCUGCCCUCUGCAGACCUCAUGCAGAGACGUCGGUCCAGCGUCCAACUUCAAGCAAAUGUCAUGGUCCAUAACAGCAGUGCUGUCACCCAUAAAAACACAAUCAUGCAGAAACAUUGCAGCAUUCCUGCUCAGCUGCUUGGCCCCUCUCUUUUGCUUGCCAGCGUCAUCCAGAUGAGUGAAAAGAAGGAAAUGGAGGAAGGAAGUGAGGGAGGACAGUCCUCUGCCUCAGACUUGCAGAGCAACAGCAGCUGGGAGGAGCCUGAAGAAUCAGAGGUUGAGCCCUGUGCACCAUGGUUAACUCAAAGUCUCUUAAAAUCAGAGAGCAUUCAGACCCGCCCCUUCAUCCGUGCACCACGCUGUUUACGUCGAAACUCAUCUCACUUACUUCCAGCUGAGGCUGUGUAUCACGGCCCUGGGUCCUACGGGCUGUACGGGCGUUACCGGAGAAACAGCCAGGCAUGGAGGGUGGCAAAUGUGGGAGUGGGGCCUGCAUGGGCGGGGAGGCACAGCUCUGUGGCAGCUCGGGCUUACAGGAUGGGCUCCCCCUGGUGGCAGGGAAUGUACUAUGAUCCAGAGACGGACACAUGGAGUGGGUUCCUCUCGAAGGCUAUAGCUAAGUCAGGGCUCCAGCACCUGCCGUCUCAGCCCAGCAGUUCACUACUGGCCAAGUGUGACUCGGACAGAGAGAUCCGCAGCACUGUGGACUGGAGUGAGUCGGCACUGUAUGGCGAGCACAUCUGGUUCGAGACCAAUGUAUCUGGAGAUUUCUGCUACGUCGGAGAACAGCACUGCUACGCCAAGACACUGCAAAAAUCUGUUGCUCGAAAGAAAUGUGCUGCAUGCAAGAUUGUCGUUCACACCGUGUGUAUAGAGCAACUGGAAAAGUUAUCUCACAGGAAGUCUUCGCUUCCAAAGGAGUGGCUUGAUGAGCUACCACACAAAGAUCCAUCUUUCAGAAUCAACUUCAGGUGUAAACCAUCAUUCAGGGAAUCAGGCUCUCGAAACAUUCGGGAACCUACUGUAGUGCGGCAUCACUGGGUCCAUCGACGACGACAAGAGGGGAAGUGCAAGCAGUGUGGAAAGGGAUUUCAGCAGAAGUUUACCUUCCACAGUAAAGAGAUUGUGGCCAUUAGUUGCUCUUGGUGCAAACAAGCUUAUCACAACAAGGUGACAUGCUUCAUGCUGCAGCAGAUAGAAGAACCGUGUUCGUUAGGAGCUCACGCAGCUGUUAUAGUACCUCCUACAUGGAUUAUACAUGUCCGCAGACCUCAGUCCUCGCUAAAGGCAAGCAAAAAGAAGAAACGAACAUCAUUCAAACGCAAAUCUAGCAAGAAGGGAGCAGAGGAGUCUCGAUGGAAGCCAUUCAUCGUGAGGCCCAUUCCUUCACAGCUGAUGAAACCACUGCUAGUGUUCGUUAACCCAAAGAGUGGAGGAAACCAGGGGGCCAAAAUAAUCCAGUCAUUUAUGUGGUAUUUAAAUCCCCGGCAAGUCUUUGACCUGAGCCAAGGUGGACCUAAAGAAGGGUUGGAGAUGUACCGAAAAGUUCACAACCUGCGUAUCCUGGCAUGUGGUGGUGAUGGCACAGUUGGCUGGAUCUUGUCCACUCUAGAUCAGCUGCAGCUGAACCCCCAGCCUGCUGUAGCUGUACUACCUCUGGGGACUGGAAAUGACCUUGCCAGAACCCUCAACUGGGGAGGGGGGUACACAGAUGAACCAGUGUGCAAGAUCCUCUCUCAUGUGGAGGAUGGGAACAUUGUGCAACUUGACCGCUGGAACCUGCAGGUGGAGCCAAACACAGAGGUGGGACCAGAGGAGAAAGAUGAACAAGUGACUGACAAGCUUCCCCUAGAUGUUUUUAAUAAUUAUUUCAGCCUGGGCUUUGAUGCUCAUGUAACUCUGGAGUUUCAUGAGUCUCGAGAGGCAAACCCAGAAAAAUUCAACAGUCGCUUCAGAAACAAGAUGUUCUAUGCUGGGACGGCCUUCUCAGAUUUCCUCAUGGGGAGCUCAAAAGAUUUGGCCAAACAUAUUAAAGUGGUGUGUGAUGGUGCAGAUUUAACAUCUAAGGUCCAGGAGUUGAAGCUGCAGUGUUUGGUCUUCCUCAAUAUACCCAGAUACUGUGCUGGCACAAUGCCAUGGGGGAACCCAAGUGAGCAUCACGACUUCGAGCCCCAGCGCCAUGACGACGGUUGCAUUGAGGUCAUCGGCUUCACCAUGACAUCACUGGCAACGCUACAGGUCGGGGGUCAUGGUGAGAGGCUUAAUCAGUGUCGUGAGGUGACACUCACCACCUAUAAGUCAAUCCCCAUGCAGGUGGAUGGAGAGCCAUGCAAGCUGGCACCUUCCACUAUCCACAUCUCGCUCAGAAAUCAGGCCAACAUGGUGCAAAAAGCCAAGAGGAGGACCUCGAUACCACUGCUGAAUGAUCAGCAGCCCAUCCCAGAAAGGUUACGGAUCCGAGUGAACCGUAUCAGCAUGCAUGAUUAUGAAGAUCUUCAUUACCACAAAGAGAAACUUAAAGAAGCAUCAAUUCCAUUGGGCCUUAUCGUCAUCCCUGGUGACAGUGACCUGGAAACUUGUCGAGUACAGAUUGAGAAACUGCAAGAGGCAGGUGAUGAGACCAAGUCCAAAACACUGUCAUGUCAGAGAUUGUCACCAAAGUGGUGCUUUCUGGACUCAACUACAGCAGAUCGAUUCUACAGGAUUGAUCGAGCACAGGAACAUCUGCACUAUGUGACUGAGAUCUCUCAGGAUGAGCUGUUUAUUUUGGACCCCGAGCUGGUAGUCACAGAGAGUGUGAGCACGUCACCAGGCAUGCCUGACUUGGUAGACUCAUCUGCAGAGAUCUCUUCAGCUCAACACAAAUUUGCCUUCCCUUCAACCUCCUCGUCUCCUCCCUCCUCUCCAACACCCAGAAUCGCUGAGCUACAGAAGGCCUCUCAGAGGAAGCGCGUGUCCAGUGACAGCUCUGUGGCUGAAGCUUUGGCACACAGCGACUCGUUUAGAACAGCCAAGCCAGCACUAAGCAGGGCAGGGGGUGUUCACCGUUCUAACACAACUGCAGCAGAUUUCAACCAAGCUUACAGGUCAGAAAAGAAUGCUGUGAGCAUCAGUAGCCCAGUAUCAGGAGAUGUGCUUAUUGAGUGUGUGAAGAACAAGGACCAUCACAGGCUAAAGGAGCUCCAUAAGCAGGGGGCGGACUUGUGUGUGCAGGACUCAGCAGGUCGCACAUUACUCCACUAUGCAGUGAGCGUGGCCAGUAAAGAAAUCGUCAGAUACAUCAUUGAUAACACACCCACUGAUAUGUUGGAUGUGACUGAGACAGAAAAUGGCGAGACGGUGUUGCACAAAGCGGCCUCGUUGUGUCAGAGGACAAUCUGCCACUACUUAGUGGAGGCAGGAGCUUCUCUUAUGAAGACAGACUUACAGGGUGAUACCCCGAAACACAGAGCAGAAAAAGCGAAGGACACGGAGCUGGCAGCAUAUCUGGAGAACCGGCAGCACUAUCAGAUGAUCCAACGUGAGGACCAGGAGACAGCAGUCUGAUCUCUGACCUUUAACACGCCUUCCCCCUUUGGAGUCUGGAGGCGUCUACUUGUGCCAAAUCAAUAAAGUCAAUAAGAAUGGAUAAGCCUAUAGUGGAAGGCAUCUCUAUAUGGGGUGAAUACUCAUCUCCUAACCAACUCUAGAACUAAGAGACACAUACACACACAUUAGGAAGAGAUCUGCAGGUUUACCAGCUUGACUAUAUUUACAUCCCUUGCACAAUCAGCAUUUAUUAGUGCAUCUGUGUCAGAAUGUAUGGAGAGAGCUGGGCUUUUCUUUGUUAAUGCAGUCACUAAUCUGUGUGGCUUUUACAGAGCAAUCAUUCAGAUUAACACUGAGUUUGUUCAAAGAUGUAAGAUGUCUGGAGCGAGACUGUAUGGAACUGUGAAUCUAUAAAGUGAGAUCUCUGCAGCACUGAUCACAGCUCAGAAUUUCAAUAUUGAUGAUUUGUUAAGAAGGAGUUAAGCUAGAUGAUUUGUUAAGCUAGUGUUAAUAAGGAGAACACAUUCAUUGCUCUGCAGGAUCUUACAGACAUUUCAGAGAUUUACAAACUUAUUUGUUUACCAGAACUAAGUGGAUGAGUGUUGAAAGCUUAAGUUUUAGGAUAUGGGGCCGCUGGCUUUCAGCUUUCACUGCACUGAAACCAUUUUGAGCCUCUAGUAGCUAUUCUUGGCUUUGCUUUUAUCAUUGUUUGUUUUCCUUCUCUUCUGGACAGGUUUCCUUCUAAUAACUUUUGGUACUGUAAAUGUAUCUGAUUAGGUUUCUGUCUGAGAAACCUUUGCACUGUAACUAUUGCCUUUAUUCCAUUCAUAAAUUUCUUGAUUUAUAAUUGUUGUACUUAAGUAACAGUUUAUUUGUAAUGCCCUUCUUAAUAGUAAAUAUAUGUUUAUAUAAUUUAUCAUGAUAACAUCUGACUUGUUUACUUGUCUUAUUGUAUUAUAAAAUACUGUAAAUUUAAUACUGUAUUCUUUUCAGAAAGCAGAUCAGUUUUGUUCAUAAUUCUCUGCUCUUGAAUUGUUCUGGAUGGCAUCACUGUUCGACAAUGUUCUCCUUCUAAUCAGUGCUUUAUCUCAAUGCACCAACAUGUGAUACUAUUUAUUUUCUAUAAUAGAUACUGUAUGUUAAAUACGUUAUCUAAGAUAUUUAAGUUCAAAUUGUUUUGAAACUAGAUACAAUUAAUUGAUUGAUUAGUUAAUUAAAAUAUUUAAUUUGCAAAGAGGGUCACAUUCUUGUGGCCACUGUACAGUUCCAUCUUAAAAUAUAUUUAUUGAUGUAGAUAUUCCCAGCAAUGUAGAGGUACACGUACAGUUUGUGACCUCACUAAGCUAUUUUUAAAGUACACUCAUAUGUAAAUUAUAUUCUCAUUAACAGAUACAUACAACAAACCUUCACAAACUAAAUAGAAACAGUGGUAUUUGGUGUUUUGCAGCAGGAAAAAGUGAGGAAAGUGGAAAAAAUAUCUCAGUGAAAAAAAAACAGUCAUUUGUGAGAUUUCUUCAAUAAAUCAAAUCACUGGUCAUGUAAUCUAGUUAAUGAUGUAUAAAAUGGUUUUGGAUCCAUUUGAGUGGAAAACAAAAACCACUUAUUUUAUGAUCUGCUACUCCUAUUUCUUUUAGAACAUCAGCUCAAACACUUUUGAUCUUCAAUUUUGACAAUCUGAGAAGACAAGCCGUACAGCAGAUUAUGCAGUCAUAAUGGUAUAAUAUUGUCACUGGCUUGACAUUUAACCUAUUUAUAGAAGGUGCUGGUUUUGCUGAACUGAGAAAGUUUAAGGUUUGACAUUGAAAGAUCGUGACAGUUUGACAAUAGUUGUAUGCUAGCAAAAAGAAGAAUGAAUCAAAAUAGAUCUUUUUAUAUUCUAUUAUACCACAGCACGCUUGAAUCCUGCAAUUCAUCAGAAGGUUUUGAUUAAUUUUCUGUAACAGCAAAUCUUACAGUAGCAAAGCAAAUCACAUUAAUUACAUUAUUGUUUGCUCUACAUAACUGAAGUCGAAUAAUAAACAAUUUCUUUUUUUUAAAUGCACUUGUGGAUAUGGUUUUCUGUGAAGGGAAGUUUAUUUAAAAUUUAUGGAAGGAGUCUUCAGUGUCGGCUCUUUGUUACAGUCACAGUUAAAGCUGUAACUUUACCUUUUCUGACAUGGGAAAGUCUUCAGGACGGAGGCAUUUGAGCUUUGGGGGAAUGACUGUUUAUAGAUGCUGUAAGGAAAGUAAUAAGAGGAUUUAACUUGUUUUGCAGACCUUUCCACAAAUAAAAAAAAGAGAUAUAAAAUAAAAAAAAUUUAUAAAAUAAAAAAAUAGAAUAAGACAUUCUUUUCUUAAAUGUUUUUUUUUUUUUUUUUGCAAACUGCUGUGGUAUAAGAGGAAUAAAAUUGCUGUACAUACUAUUAUUGGAAAACAAUCAACUUUGGGAGGGUGUCACACCAUCCUGAUGUUGAUUAUUUUUCCCAUAACAGAUUGCCCUAUUCCUUACAUAUUCUACUGGAAUCUGUCACGAGUGUGAUUACAAUUAAAUAAAUGUCUGGAUGGAUAA